GUCCGUCUCUCUCCUCCUCUCUCUCUCUCUCUCUCUCUCUUAAAUUUUUAGGAACUCGCGGUAAUUACUUCUCAUAAGAAAGGAGAUUUCUAGGGUUUCUCUCUUUGUCGGUGAGGGCGGCUGGGAUCGGGCAUCUCUCCGCGGGUACGACAAGAAAUCUCCUGUGAACUCUCGGUCUUUAAUCGUCGAAAUCGUUUCAGGACGCCAUGGCGGCGAAGAGCGGAGCGCUUCUGUUGACGGACGAUGCGAUCUUCCCCGUCCGCGCGGGUCUGUCUGUGAUAAAGAAUCUUGAGAGCGAAGUGGUUGUAGAAGAUGAUGAUGUCGUUGUUAUUACUCAAUGCGGUUCCCUGGGAGGAAAGUUGCCAAUUGAGUCAGGGUCUUUGGAUGUUGUUGUUUUGGUCUGGAAGGCACCUGAACUUGUUGGAGAACAGUGGCUUGAAGAGAUCUACAGAGUGUUGAAGCCAGGUGGGAGCAUCAUAGUACAGACCCCUUUGCCUUCUACUGAACAGGAUAAGCUGAAUUCUACACUUGAGCGCAAAUUACUCAUAUCAGGAUUCUUGAUAGUGCAAACUUUAGAAUUGAAGUCUUUAUUAUCUCAUGAGGAUGUUCAAUCUGUAACGAUUAAGGGCAAGAAGGCAUCUUGGUCAUUAGGGUCAUCUUUCCGCAUUAAAAGAGCAGUAACGACUGUUCCCAAGAUUCAAAUUGACGAUGAAUCAGAUCUUAUUGAUGAAGAUAGUCUCUUGACUGAGGAAGACUUGAAGAAACCACAGCUACCACCUGUUGGAGAUUGUGAAGUUGGAAGCACAAGGAAAGCUUGCAAGAACUGUGUUUGUGGUCGAGCUGAGGCAGAGGAGAAAGUGCAGAAGCUGGGGCUGACCGCAGAGCAGAUCAACAAUCCUCAGUCUGCAUGUGGCAAUUGUGGACUUGGGGAUGCAUUCCGGUGCAAUGGCUGCCCUUACAGAGGUCUUCCUCCAUUCAAGUUGGGCGAAAAGGUUUCCUUAACUGGUAACUUUCUUGUGGCUGAUAUAUGAUGGUUGAGAAGAGCCAGCAUGGACCAUUUCCAUCAAAAAGAGAAGAGCCAGCAUUGAAGUAGAAUAAUUUACUUUGUCAACAUUUCUUUUUUUUGUUCUGACGGUUAGAUCAUUGGUUGUUUGUCUUGCACUGAAAGAAGAAUCAAACUGAUAGAAAAGAUUGAGUUGGACAGACUUUGUUCUCAAUGAAUUAAGAUAAUCAAAAUUUGGUUCAUCAGUUUACAACACUUUGUAUUGGCACUCUGUGUGAGCAAUUUUCAAUAACAUCCUUGCAUACA